UCCAUCUGAUUUAAUGUUGAAAAUUUAUGCAUUCUUAGAUCCUUGUCACAUGAUCAAGCUUGUCAGAGGAGCAAUUUCUGAAUUGAGAACUCUGAAGGAUGAAAAAGAUGGUUUGGUAAGAUGGCAAUACCUAGUUGAGCUAGAAAAACUGCAAGCCUCAGAAGGCUUGCGACUUGCCAACAAACUAAAGAAAGCUCACAUAAACUGGAAGCCACAGAAAAUGAAGAUGCUAGAUUAUACAGAUGAGGAAAAAGCAAUGGACACUGGUCAGGAAACUGAAGAGGAAGAUAAUGAAAAUGCAAGUGUGUAUUUAGCCAAAAUGGUUAUACUGUUUAAUGAUUGUUUUUGCUUUAUUACACAAUACAACAAUGCAUCAAAAUGUGCUAAAAUCUACUACUAUUUGAGGUGGCUCCAAUUCUGA